UUUGGUUGGGCUGUUUUGGAGGCUCCCUUCGAAAUAGUUUUCUUAUCAAUUAGCUUGGUACUUUCUGCGUAAUUUUUGAUUUACUAAAAAAAGCCAAAAUGUGUCAUUUUUGGUGGAAAAUUUUGGUUCCGAGUUUUCGCAAAUUAAGUUGCACCAUUUUAAUUCUGGUCAAGUUCUAAGCAAUUUUCGUUCUCUUCAUUUUUUGUCGAACUUUGCCCCAUUUUAAGAAAAUUGCGUUUGAAGUUUCAAAUUUCGUUGGUUUUGUCCGGAUUAUUUGAAUCAGCAUUGUAUGCAUAAUGACAACACAUUGUUUGCCUAUAGCAAAACUUAUUUCCUUUAAAGAUAAAACUUUACUGGCUGCCAUUUCUAUAACAGGUUAAAGUUUAUUGAGAAAAAAAUUUACCGAACAGUUUUUUUUUUGCUUAUUACUUUGAACUGUUCCAAGAAAUAAAUAAUGAUUAUUUCAAUUUUCAGCUCCUUUUUCAUUUUUCAAAAACUGUUUUCUUAAUCAUCAUUGAAUGAAGUGGCGUCUAGGCUGAUCAAUAGUUUAAUUGUCAUAAAUUCAAGAUCAAAAAAGCGUUUGUUCAUUUCACUAUUUAAUUUCGACGCACCCUUCAUCUUCUAUCUUAACAGUUGAUUUAGCCCCAUAACAAUGCCAAUUACCCUCAUUGGUCAAUUUCUAGUUCGUGUUUGAGGCUUUAUUGCUUUGUUAUAACUUUCCUUAAAUUUACAUUAAAUUUUCGCUUUGUUUGUUCUUGUAAUAAAUUAUUUAUUCGGUCACGCCUGAAAACUUAUUUGAAGUCAAUUCAUCCCUGUUUUUGCCCACCUUUUCAAAUAAUGUGUUGAGUAUCCCUUAUAAAAGCGAGUUUCCAUAGAAACCGCCCUCUACGCUUCUUUAUUACGCGUUAAAUUUCUAAAUAUAAAUAAUUUCGCUGGUUGGUUUUGAAAAAUAUUUUUGGGCGUUCAUGUCGGUAAAUCGGAAUGUUUUCAUUGAUAAGACAAUUUUCUGAUAAAUAGUUGGUUUCAACAAAAAAAACAUUUUGUCCAACUAUUGUCCAACUGUUUAGUUCGCACUUUUCACAAUCUUCUUUUCAAUUUAACUUCAAGAGAUUGGCUUAAAAAUUGAUUUAAAUAUUGAUAGCUGGGUAAUCUUAAUUUAUACACGAUGAAUGGGACAUUGGAACAUACAGAAUUCAGAGGAACCCCUAACGCCUGUUCUUCCACCGACGCGCCUCCAUUUUACUGGCUAAUCAGUCUUUCGUUGGGCGUGGCAGCAAUAGCUGGAAAUGGACUGGUCAUUCUAGCAAAUGUCAUGAAGAAAGUGAAACGCAAUCCCACUAAUUGCAUCAUCACUAAUUUGGCAUCUGUGGAUUUCCUGAGUGGUGUAUCUCUGAUCCUGUUCCAUACACUGCCCACUCUCUCAAAACCAGCGGGGAGGGGAGUGGGGGCUCAACUUUUCUGUCGUCUCUACUGUUCCGAUUACCCAUUGUGGGCACUCCUCAAUUCAUCCAUCUUCAAUCUUCUUCUGGUGACGGUUGACCGCUACCUGUGUGUGAUCCGACCCUUUUGCCACAAGGAUGUAUUCGGCAGACGGUCGGUGUUGACCACUUGUAUCAUCAUGACUUGGUUGCUGGGCAUGAUCUCCUGUUCCUACAUCAUCCUCUCCUGGGUCGUAUCCUCCGACCGAGAUGACAUGUGUGUGGUGGAUUUCUCCCUGCCCCCCUGGUUUUUCCUCUGGGGCGGAUUCUGGUCUCUCUUCGGAAUGCUACUCCUGCCUACCUUACUCAUGUUGAUUGCAUAUGCUCACAUAUCAUACACUCUGUCCCGGAUGCCGCCUCACUCGAAGGGUAGACGACUUCAGAAGAGGGUGACUGUGUCCUGUUUCGCAGUGUUGUCCGUCUUCUUCAUCUGCUGGCUCCCAGACCAGAUGUUCUUUUUCCUCUUCUCCCUCAACCUGCCCUCCCUCCCCCAACUAUCACUCGGCAGCUGGACCUACCAUCUGGUACUAAACCUGGGAUACGCAAACAGUUGCCUAAAUCCACUAUUGUAUGCUUUCUUCAAUCCAAAUUACAGACGAGUAUUCAAAAGUAUGUUGGGUCGCGGAACAGUAGCAGUGUCAACAGGACGAGUGAACUAGAUCGCCAGAUGGAGAAUCAAUGAGAACUCCAGUUCGAAGAAAGUGCAUGAGCAAUAAAGACUGCGUUUCAGAUGUGAAAGAGCGGACUGAUUUUCAUUUAAAUAUGUCUUGAUGAUUUUUUGUGUUUAUUCAAGAAAAAUCUUAAAAAUUG